AUGGUAGAACCAAAACUCGAAUACAUGUACAUUAAUACUCAAAUAAAUAGCGACACACCUAUCCUUACACAACUUCCCAUAAAUAAAAAACUGAAUGAAAUCCGUCGCUUACUUGCCGUUGAACCAAAGAUUCGAAUGGGUCCAAAAAUGGAGUUCCUGAGCCCAUUUGCCAGAAUUCCGCAAAAUUACGAAUGUGAUUUUCCCUUAACAGAAAUUCUUCAUUCCAAUAAUAAUUUGAAAAUCAUUGGUGAGAAUGAACCAGACUGGGAAUAUAUAAAGAACAUAUGUAAACUGGAAUAUGGAGUUGACUUUUCGGAAAAAGGUCCAGAGAGCGCAAAGAAAAAAGCAUUCGAUAUUACGAGACUUGAAGCGGAAAUUUUAGAAAUUACAGAUGCAAUUGAUGAAACGGUCGUGUGCCAAACAGAACUUGACAAAAUUUGUGAGCAAAAUUUUUUAGUGAAGUCUGAAGUUACUGUUAAUUUGUCGUGGUUAUCGAUUUCGUCAACCUUUGGUAGAUCUGGAGAGAUCGAAAAUCACAAAAACAUUGAAAAUUCAAUUACUUGUCAGACUUCAAAAAUAAUAAAAGCUACAAUAUCAUAUUCUGAAUCUAACGUAACGCCAACAACAGAAUUCAUAAAGGAUGUUAACGACGCGUUCGCAUCAGAUGAUCCACGUAAAACCCUUGAAAAAGUUGCUAAAGAAUACGGUCCAUUAUGGUGCAAAAGGCUCGGAAUUGGUGGAAGGAUUUUAUAUAAAAAAAUCAAAGAAAAUAAUCUAAAUGAGUAUAAUAACUCAAGAGAAAUAAAAACUUCCGUGAAAGCUAAAGUAACUGAAUAUGCUGCGAUUGAUGGGGAAGCAGGAAGAAGCCAGCAAACGAAACAAAUGGAUUCAGUUAUCAACGAAUUUUCUUCUUGUCGAAUAUUCGGUGGCUCAGAAGAAUGUCAUCGUGAAUCUAAAAAGGAAUGGAUAAAUUCAUUAAACGACUAUCGUAAAUGGAAAGUAGCGGAAUAUGCCGAAAUAAAUUCAAUUUUUGAUAUUCUGGAUCAAAAAACAAGAUCAAAAGUUGCAGCAAUAUUAACAAAACGAAUCGUAGAAUCAAAA